AUGAAUUACUCAAGUUACGUCUUGGCUUUUCAGCUCUGUGUCAUUUUGGGUUCUUCUGGCUAUUACUGCCAGACCAGACUCAUAAAUGAGACAGAAAAACUGAAGAGCUAUUUUGACGCUGAUGAGUCCGAUGUGUCGGAUAACGGGACUCUUUUCUUAGACGUCAUGAGAAGCUGGAAAGAGGAGGGCGACCGAAAAAUCAUCCAGAGCCAGAUAGUCUCCUUCUACUUCAAGCUCUUUGAAAACCUUAAAGACAACCAGCACAUCAAGAAUAGCGUGAACACCAUCAAAGAAGACAUGAUCGUCAAGUUUUUCAACAGUGACAAAGACAAAGUCGAGGCAUUCAAAAACCUGACUUUCCUUUCGGUGAACGACACGCAGAUCCAGCGCAAGGCGAUCCAUGAGCUCUUGCAGGUGGUGCUGAAUCUGGCGCCAAGAUCCAACCUGAAGAGGAAGAGGAGCCAGAUGCUGUUUCGAGGCCGGAGAGCGCCGAAAUGA